CUAGGGACGACAGAAACUUUCAUCUGGCAACGCUGCACCUCAUAAUUCUCAGAAAAAUAUUGGUGAGCAAAGUGUCAAAAAUCAAAUAUUUAAAUUUUAAAUAAAUAUGAAAAGUAAAUAUUGGUUUACAAAAUACUUUCUGUAAAAUUCAUUAAAUUUGAAAUGAAACACUUGUGGAUAAUUGUAUUAUGGUAGGAGCUUUAAAAUAUAAUUUAAGUAAAAUUAUGUUUAAAAAGACUCCAAAGUUAGGUUAUGUAUUGGUAAUACUAAUUUUUAUUGGAAGUGUUGCUAUAUUAUACCAAAUUCAACUUAUUAAAAUACAGGAUAAAUUGGAACAAAUAGAAGAAACUCAAAAUCACUAUGCUUUAACUGUGACUACAGAAAAACCUCUUUUGGAGGAGAAAGACUUAAUUUUACUGUACAAUCGAGUACCCAAGACUGGUUCUACUAGUUUUGUAGGCGUAGCUUAUGAUCUAUGCAAGAAAAAUAAGUUUCAUGUUCUACAUGUAAACAUAACUGCAAAUAGCCACACAGUAACAUUGGAAAAUCAAUUAAAAUUCGUACAAAAUGUUACUAAUUGGAAGAGCAUGAAGCCAGCUCUGUAUCAUGGGCAUUUUGCAUUUUUCGAUUUCUCAAAGUAUGGAGCACCCAAACCUCUAUUUAUCAAUCUCAUACGGAAACCUUUAGAUAGAUUCAUAUCUUAUUACUAUUUCCUGCGUUAUGGGGAUAACUACAGACCAUACCUAGUGAGGAAAAAAGCUGGGAAUACUAUGACUUUUGAUGAAUGCGUUUUAAAACAAUUGCCUGAUUGUGAUCCAAACAACAUGUGGCUGCAAAUUCCAUUUUUUUGUGGACAUUCUGCUAACUGUUGGAAACCUGGGAACAAAUGGGCCCUCACCGAGGCCAAAAAGAAUCUCGUGAACAAUUAUUUCUUGGUAGGAGUGACGGAAGAAUUAGAGGAUUUCGUACAAAUACUCGAAAAAUCCCUUCCUCGAUUCUUCAAAGGUGCUACUGAGUACUUUCAGCACAGCAAUAAGGCCCACCUGAGGCAGACGGUUCAAAAAGAGCUUCCGAAAGAAACGACUAUGGACAAAAUCAAAAGUAGCACUGUGUGGCAAAUGGAAAACGAAUUUUACGAGUUUGCUCUCGAUCAAUUUCAUUUCGUGAAGAAGGUUAUUGCUCGAAACAAAGGGCAGAACGUCAUGUACGAGAAAAUCAGGCCCAAGUCUUAAAACUUUUUUCUUGUAUUAUAUUAAACGAAUGUGAUCUGAUAUUUUAUAUACUUAUUUCAAGACUGGAUUUAGCAAUAUGUAAUAUAUUAACCUGUUACUAAU